AUGGAGGGGCGCAUCCCCAUCAGCGAGGCCCUUCGCGAGUCCAUCAAGUACUGGUCCAGCUUCGUCUCCAAAUGCCUGACCAAGCGCCUCGACGCGAGCACCUUUGAGGACUAUGUCCAGCUUGUCCAGUCCAGGCACCGGCUGCCCCCCGAGAUCAUCGCCGACUUCUUCAUACGGCCCAUCAAGUCCAACUGCGUCAGCCCCGACCCGCGAAUCCCUCCCUACAUCUCCAUCCUCACCAAGCUACGAUACACCGACGCAGUGUCCAUACUCCGAUCGCUAUAUAGGUACUCUUCGCUUCAUGCGCUGGUACCAGAGCAGGCACAACAUGAUGGAGACGGGGCCAAUGGAGAGGGAGCCGCCAGACAAGAUGCCCAGCCGGCGUCCUCCCUCAGGUGGAAGAGCUCGUCCUGGCUCGAGGAGGUCAUGUUUUAUCACGUCAUCAAGCUUCUCGUCGAAGGAACCGCUUUUAGAGACUCGCGCACGGCAUUGGAGCUCAUCCAUAUCAGCUCUAAGUGGAUGGUACUGUUUACUACGGCGUCCAAUUCCAUGACUGCGGACAUGCUGGGCGGCAGCUUGCAAGAUCCUCAGGUCCGUCAUGAGAUGGAGACUGCUUGGGGUGCUCUUGUCCCUCUGGUGCUUCGGCUGGUGGACAAUGCCGCUUUUGUCAAGGUCAUUAGCCAACCCUCUGCCAAAGGGGCUCGAAAAGUGUUUUCAGAUAGCCUUGCGUCCUUCGUACAGGUUAUACAGCAAUCGCCACAGCUGCCACAAUUCCAGCAGUUCAUCAACAAGCUUGAAUUGUUUAGGACCGAAGUUUUGGCGCCAUUGGACCCGGUGGAUAAGAGCAAGCAAGCCGCCAAUGCUGUCAUGGACGAUAUUCUAGAUUCAACAGUCGGCGUAGACAACUUGGUUAUCCCAGAGGUACCAAUAACCAACACACGUGCAGGAUUAUACAUAUAUCUUGGUGCUUCGCUUGUUGGCCGACCAUUGAUUGAUGACCACGCCUUAUUUUCAUAUUUAAACAACAGAUAUCAGGGAGACGUUCAACAAAGCGCUGUUGAUCUGAUUUUGGCGUCCUUUGACCUGCUUGCAAAUGCCGUCUUCAGAAACGAGGGCCCCAGAGAUGCACAGCUACUACGAUCCUUCUUGAUAAACAAGGUGCCCCUGAUACUCGCUCAACUAUGCCCCCCUGGCUUUUCAACGCCUUCCGCCGAGUUUUGCAUUACCCAGGCGCUUCCGCAUGUCGACACAAGCGUGUUCCCUACGGCGUCGCUCAUGUUUGACGAAUCACGCAACAACAAUCCGUACACGGAGAGUGUCAGAGAGGAUUUCUGCUCGGCUUGUGCCCUCCAUGGACUGAUUGAACGAGAGCAUGUGGAGCGCAUCUUGGGAGAGAGCUCCAUGUCAUACGAACCUUCCCAGGAAAAGUAUUCCAAAGAAAAGCUGGUCCAGAGCUGCCUAUCAGACCCAGACAAGAUACAAGCCCUCAUUCGCGACAUGGAUAAGAUGGAUGGCAAUGUUGGAGCCGUGUGUCAGGCCCUUGUAGAGCUACUGCGGCAACUUUGCCACAGCAAGGACACAAUGUCGCUGAAAAUCCUGUGCAGCCAAUUGGUGCAGAAGCCUCAGUCUCUAGACAUCCUGCUCUUGUUUGAGAAGCUACCAACCAUCUUGGAGCCUAUAUGCCAGCUAUUGGACAGCUGGCGAUACGAGGAAGACCAAGGAGAGUAUCAACCUGUCUAUGAAGAAUUCGGAGCCAUUCUGCUUUUGGUGCUGGCUUUUGCCUAUCGGUAUAGCCUAACUCCAGCAGACAUUGGCAUCAUUUCCCCAGACUCAAACGUUGCCAAAAUCAUUGGCCGAGCUCACAUUGGCCGAGAGCUGGACGAGCUAUCUGAACAAGAAAAUGGACACCUCGGCGGAUGGAUCCACGGCCUUUUCGACAGCGAUGCCGGCGGUCUCGGAGAUGACUUGAUGUCAUCCUGCCCUCCUGCAGAUUUCUAUCUCCUCACUGCGACGCUCUUUCAAAAUAUUGUCAUUGCAUAUACCCAGGGCUUCCUGACCGACGAUGCCCUCAGGUCGGGCGUGGAGUAUUUGAUAGAUACGUUUCUCCUGCCGUCUCUCAUACCUGCGAUUCGGUUCUUGUCUGAUUAUCUCUGGGUCGAGCAAAAAGAGCAAAAGUCUAUUAUCAAAAUCUUGCAGCUCAUACUUCUGCCCACCUCCAUUUCCGGCGAAGCCACCACCAUGCUUGCUUCUGUAAAGGGUAUUGUUGCGAAACCCCUAGAGCACUCGCUGCGAUCUUACCAACGGCAAGAUCCCAAGAAUCAAGACAUUGAGCCACUGCUGAGGGUUCUAAAAGACAGUUUGCCCUUUUCAAGGCGAACGGGGGCAGCCGAGCACCAAGAGCUGGAGUUGUGGGCAACCAGUUCCAGCAGCGGUCUCUCUGGGGCUGCCAAGCACCUGAUCCAGGGGCUUGUUCAGUGGUGCGUGCAUACUGACGAGACAGCUAUGCCAACCUCAUACACGCAUCGACAGGUAAUUGCAACGCUCAAGAUUGUGGGCGCUAGCAGGCUUCUGCGCGUCAUCCUGGAGGAGAUCCGGCACCAAACUCUGGCCGGCAACGGGAGCCUUGUCUACGAUGUGGCCACGGCACUGGUCUGUGCUCCCAAUGUCAGCAACGAGCUGCCACCGACCAGUGGUCUUUUGGAUGAAACAGGAAACAUGCUCCCGAUGCUGCAGCGCCCGCUGACCCUCCGGGAAGUCUUGAAAAUGGAGGCCGAGGAUUACAGGAAGCUGCAGAAGAAGGAUGCUGAGCUGGCGGAGAUUGUUGUUCGCCUUCACAGGAGAGUUGAGGCGCAGAUGGUGCUGCCGCCACCGCCGAUGCUGCAGGCGGCCGAUAUGCAGUUGGACUUGGCAGGGGAUGCGACAAACCUAGAAGAUUCCAUUGUUGUCGCUGCUGGCGUUUCGGGCGAUGGCACCAUGUCAAUGGAUGGUGUUGGCAGCCUGGAUAUGGGCCUUGGCGGCAUUUCGUCUGACUUGGGCCUGGGAGGACCGGGCAGCAACGGCGGGCUGGAUGCUUCGGCGGAGGCAGAUCUAUUUGGCAGCCUCGACGACACCGAUAUGGAUGUGUUUGAUGGUUGGGGCGGAAUGGAUCUCGGAGGGCCGUGA